AUGGCGGAGAGUGACCUUUACAACCUUGAAGUACUCUCGCUAGUCGCCAAAAUUACACAAGAGAUUGACAACUAUACUGGCAUUAACGACAAAACGCUCGCUGAAUUCGUUAUUUCUCUUCACGACCAAUCUAAAUCACUUCCUGACUUCAAAUCACAACUCGGUAAUGCUGGUGCUGAAUUUCCCGACUCCUUCGUUGAGAAUGUGGAUCGUUUAAUCCUCAGCUUGCACCCGAAACACAAGAAGAAAUCCAGUUUAGUUACCAAUGGCGCCCAAUCAAACGGAGACGCACUUGAUCAUGAAAAGGACAAGCAGAAACGACUUUUCCCUGGGCUUGCUGUGCCGGACAAGGAGAUAAAGAAGGAUGUGCUCAUGAAGGAGGUGGACGAUAUGAUGGCUCAGUUUGAAGGUGUUGCGAAGAGGACAAGAACAGCAGACGAGGAUGAGCGGCCUGUGAAGCGACCUCGGUCACGGUCACCGCGCCGUCGCAGUCCAAGCCCUGACAGAGGUCGCAGUUACAAUGGAAGGAGGGAUGAUCGGAGGGGGAAAAACGGAGAUGAGCGGCCAGUAUUGUUUAAAAUCUACGAUGGCCGAAUAUCAAGCCUCAAAGAUUUCGGCGCUUUUGUGCAGCUAGAGGGUGUUGCGGGACGUAUGGAAGGCAUGGUGCAUGUUUCGAAUAUUCAGCAGGGUGCACGUGCCAACUCUGCAUCCGAUCUCCUUAGCCGUGGACAACAGGUCAAAGUUAAGGUGAUGAGCAUUGCGGGAAGCCGUAUUGGCCUAUCUAUGAAGGAUGUAGAUCAAGCCACGGGUCGCGACCUCACUCCUCACUUGCGGAUCAAAUCUGAAGCGGAGAUGGAAGAAGAGCGCCAGCGAGCGGCUCGUGCUUCGUCUGGGGCAAAUGCUGUGCCAUUGCGCGCGAAGGACGAACCAACAACGACUCGGUCUGCCAAACGUCUGACCUCACCUGAACGAUGGGAAAUCAAGCAGCUUAUCUCAUCUGGUGUCAUCGAUGCUUCCGAGUAUCCUGACCUUGACGAAGACUUUGUCAAUCCUGUGGCUCGAGCAGAGGUCGAGGAGGAGCUUGACGUCGAAAUCAGGGAAGAGGAACCGCCAUUUUUGGCUGGUCAAACAAAACGCACUCUCGAUCUCAGUCCUGUGAAAAUCAUCAAAGCUCCUGAUGGUUCCCUCAACAGAGCCGCCCUAGGGGGUGCAGCUUUGGCUAAAGAGCGACGCGAGCUUCGACAGCAAGAAGCGAAUGAGCAAGCUGACUCCGAAGCUCGAGACUUUAGUGCACCAUGGCUCGACCCUAUGGCGAAGGAGUCAGACAGAAUGUUUGCUCAAGACCUUCGAGGUCAUCUCAAGGAUCGAAGAGCUGGCGAAGUACCUAAAUGGAGGGAGUCAACAUUCAACAAGGCUACGACAUAUGGUGAAAUCACAAGCCUCAGUAUACAGGACCAGCGGAAGAGUCUGCCUAUAUACAAGCUUAGAGACGCUCUAUUAAAGGCCAUUGAUGAGCAUCAAGUCCUCAUUGUUGUUGGGGACACUGGCUCUGGCAAAACAACGCAAAUGGUUCAAUACCUCGCUGAGGCUGGCUUCGCUGAUAAAGGACGCAUUGGUUGUACACAACCGCGUCGUGUGGCUGCUAUGUCAGUCGCAAAGCGUGUCUCGGAAGAAGUAGGAUGUCGCCUCGGUCAAGAAGUUGGCUAUACUAUCCGUUUCGAAGAUUGUACGAGUCCGGAAACGAAGAUCAAAUACAUGACAGAUGGUAUGCUGCAGCGUGAGUCGGUGAUUGAUCCUCUCUGCAGCCAAUACUCCGUGGUCAUGCUUGAUGAGGCUCAUGAACGGACCAUCGCAACCGAUGUCUUGUUCGGUCUUCUCAAAAAGGCUGUCAAGAAGCGACCCGAUCUCAAACUAAUCGUCACCUCAGCGACUUUGGACGCUGAGAAAUUCUCGAAGUACUUCUUCGGGUGCCCAAUUUUCACCAUCCCCGGUCGCACCUACCCCGUAGAAAUCCUAUACACCAAAGAGCCAGAAUCCGACUACCUGGAUGCGUCAUUAAUCACUGUCAUGCAAAUCCACCUGUCCGAGCCCCCAGGCGAUAUUCUCCUCUUCUUGACAGGCCAGGAGGAGAUUGACACAUCAUGCGAAAUUCUCUUUGAGCGUAUGAAAGCGUUGGGUCCAAAAGUGCCAGAUCUUAUUAUCCUUCCCAUUUAUUCUGCCCUUCCAUCCGAAGUACAGUCUCGCGUCUUCGAACCUACUCCUCCUGGUGCCCGCAAGGUUGUCAUCGCCACCAACGUUGCAGAAACUAGUUUGACUAUUCCUGGGAUUUACUAUGUCAUUGAUCCCGGGUUCUCGAAGCAGAAUGCAUACGAUCCGAGACUAGGAAUGGAUUCACUGGUGGUCAUGCCUAUAUCCCAGGCACAAGCACGCCAACGCUCUGGCCGUGCUGGUCGCACAGGUCCAGGAAAGUGCUAUCGUCUUUACACAGAGACUGCCUACCGGAACGAGAUGUUGCCAACGUCUAUUCCCGAUAUCCAGCGGACGAAUCUUGCCCAUACUAUUCUGAUGCUCAAGGCGAUGGGUAUCAAUGACCUCCUCAGUUUUGAUUUCAUGGACCCACCGCCAGCGCAGACCAUGCUAACUGCGUUGGAAUCAUUGUACGCGCUUUCGGCGUUGGAUGACGAAGGUCUUUUGACUCGCUUGGGCCGCAAGAUGGCUGACUUCCCCAUGGAACCGCCGCUUGCGAAGAUGCUCAUCGCCUCUGUCGAGCUUGGUUGCUCUGAAGAGAUACUUUCCAUCGUGGCCAUGCUGUCCGUGCAAUCUGUCUUCUAUCGCCCAAAGGAGAAACAAGGGCAAGCUGACUCUAAGAAGGCGAAGUUCCAUCAGCCAGAGGGUGAUCACCUUACCCUUCUGACAGUAUACAAUGGCUGGAAAGGCGCGAACUUUUCGAAUCCUUGGUGCUACGAGAAUUUUAUCCAGGCAAGAAGUAUGCGGCGUGCGCAGGAUAUUCGCAAGCAGCUAGUGGGUAUCAUGGACAGAUACAAGCAUGAUAUUCUUUCGGCAGGGAAGGAUUACAACCGUGUGCGGAAGGCGAUAUGCUCUGGUUUCUUCCGGAACGCAGCUAAGAAGGAUCCUCAAGAAGGCUACAAGACGCUUGUUGAAGGCACACCCGUAUAUAUCCAUCCCUCUUCUGCUCUUUUCAACCGCGCGCCUGAAUGGCUAAUCUACAACGAGUUGGUAUUGACCACUCGCGAAUACUGUCACAACGUCACUACCAUAGAACCAAAAUGGCUCGUGGAGGUUGCACCUCAGUUCUUCAGAGUCGCCGACGCCAACAAGAUCAGUAAGAGGAAGAGGCAGGAAAAGAUCGAACCAUUGUUCAACAAGUACGAGAAACCCGACGAAUGGCGAUUAUCGAAAGUCAAACGGAGUGCACGCUCGAGUCAAACAUUUGGUUAA